AAAAAAAAAAGUAGCUGAAAAUGGAAACACUUCAGUAUGGUUCUGAGGUACUUGUAAGUACAUUGAAAAAUAUUAAGACUAAAUUCCAACACUGGUUUCAGCUUUUAUUGCUCCUGCCCUCUGUGGGCACUUGCGCAGUUUCCCAGAAGUCUAAUAAACUUUUCUAAAAACCAUCUACGCCAACUUGUCAGGGCUGUGUGAACGAACACAAACUGGGUUCCUUCCUGUCCUGAGUGGGACUUUAACAGCUUGGCCCCGCUGGCAGCCUCCUCCAGCCUGUGAAGUGACGGAGGGGCUGUAAUUUGAGAGUGGCGCUGAGGUAUUAUUAGCCAAAAACCCGAGCGCGCCACUUGAGACGGCCAGAUGUUGCGUUUGAGGCACCAAGUGAAGUCGGCGGUCGGCUGCAACCAUCUCCACGCUGAGCGAGAGCAAAACUCCCAAACACACGACCUUCCUGUUCGCGCACAGUGAUGGAGGCUGACAGGCUCGACUGAAGCAAGAGAAGACGGGCCACUGUCACCCGCUUGGACAAACGGAACGGGGAUAUCGAGCUGGACGUGAAAGCCGCAACAAAGCGUGAACUAACCGGACGUUUAAACCAGACUGAGAUGUUUGUGUUUCUGCGCCGAGUAGGAGUUAAAUAGUCCGCCGGUGUGACACUUUAGCUGUGGGGAAAAAAGAAAGAAAAAAAACGUUUUAAACUCAUAUAUCCAUACUUGUGUGCGUGUUUUGGGACGAGGCAUCAUGGCUUUUCUUCUUCACUUGCUCCUGUGUGCCGGGAUGUUAUCACUGCCGACGUGCGGAGCCUUUUUCACCGGACCGCUACAUCCGGAGAUGUCCAACGGCACUUUCCAUCACUACUUCGUGCCGGACGGCGACUACGAGGACAACGACGACCCGGAGAAAUGUCAGAUGCUUUUCAAAAUGACCGACGAGCGCAAGUGCGGGCUCGACGAGGACCAGGACGCCGUCAUACGGGACGACUUCACCAUCAUCAAGAGGCAGAUCGAGGACUCGGCCAGGGUGCUGGAGGGGAUCGGGAAGAGCAUCUCAUACGACCUGGACGGGGAGGACAGCUACGGGAUGUAUCUGCGGAGGGAGACGGCGCAGAUAAGCGAGGCGUUCACAAACUCGGAGAAAUCUCUGCUGGAGCUGGAGGUGAAGUUCAAGCAGAGCCAGGAGAGCGAGCUGAAGGAGGAGCACCGGCUCAACGACGACUUUCUGAACAUGGUAGUGCACACACGGGACGUCCUGAAGGACACGCUGGACAUUUCUCUGGGGCUGAAGGACAAGCACGAGCUCCUGUCUCUGAUCGUCCGCAGCCACGGCACGAGGCUGAGCAGGCUGAAGAACGAGUACAUGAAGUUCUGAGAGAAAGUAGUUCCUGCUACACCAAUCAAUACAGUACUAUUUUGAUGUUUGUUUGUUUUUUUAUUCCAAGGGUUGAGUGUGACCAUGAGGCAGAGGCAGGGUUUACAAAUUUGAUCAAUCAUUAUCAGGGAUAAAACCGUAAGCUUCAAAAAGUGAAAGUAGAAAAAAACAAAAAAACAAAGCAUAUUUUCUCAUUAAAGGUGCACUAUGUCGUUUUGGGGGAAGUCAUUUAAAGCAGAAUAUACCAAAACAAACCUGCUUUGUUUUCAUGACUGAAUUAACUGACCUUAAAGGACAACACAGUUUCACACUGUUUUACUUUGUUCAUAUUUGGCGGACCCUGCCACCUUUCUAGCUUCAAACAAUACUUUGGGGACCUGCUGAGUUCUUAUUAAUACCUCAUUAAUAUUGUAAAUGUUCUUCUCCAAAACUACAUAGUGCCACUUUAAAAAUCUAGAGCAGCGGUUCCCGACUUUGGGAUCAGAAUACAUCAAGUGUUCGAAAGAUACUGUUGAUCUGAGAUCACAAGAUGCUUAAAGGAAUCUCGCACUUUAAAAUAGACAAACAGUUCACUUUCGUUGUAGCUGAAAAUGACUUAAGUUGAGGCCCAUGCAGAUAGUUUUGGUUUAAUUUGCUCAGGUUUUGUUAUAUCUAGCUCCAAAAUUGGAAUAAUCAAACCCCACAACCCCCAAAAGCCUGAUUCCCUGUCUUUUUUUUUUUUUUGCUAAUUUGGUUAUUAUUAUUAUUACUGACACAAUUCAGGAGGAGUCAGCUGUAUUGGUCCCCUCAUUGUUAAGUUACCUCAUGCCCCUGUUUUGUACAGGGGCCAUGUGUUAGAAUGUGUUUUAGGACUUCAGCGUACCUCCGCCAACAGUUCCCUUUUCUACUCACUCAUAGAUACCAACCAACUAAAUACACCUAAUAAUUUUUUAUCAACAUCAAUGCCUUAUACCCUAAGAAAUUAACCAAAAUGUUGGAAACGCACAAUGUUAAGGAACGUGAGAAAAAAAUAUUCCUGGUUCCGCACCAAAAGUUAAACAGGGUCGAUUCGUGGUCAAGAACCAACUAACCAACCAACACAACCAAUGAGUCCUUGGUGGAAGUAAGUUAUAAAGUUAAUAUUGUCCUCAGUUCUUUAAAAUAACAUUUUGACAUCGUGAGAAACAGCUGAUUCAUUCACAUCUAUUGCUUUCAUGACAGAAAUCCCAAGAGUGUGUUAGAAAACUGGGCAAAUAAAACCAUUACUGCGAGUGGUGAGUAAGAAAAUGUGUUUUGAAAUUUAAAAAAAAAAAAAGGGGAUUUGUUGGAUGGAACACCAAUGAUAUUACUUUUCAUAGAAACACCACAGGGGAUGAUAUCCUCUUUCACAGUAAUAAUAUAUGACAAUAUUGUGAUACAUUUUCUGGAAAAGAGCUAGCUGUCAAAUCAUUAAUAGACAAGAUUACCAUUCAGAAAUGUCUGCCUGUGGCUGAUCCAGCAAACUAAAAUACCUGAUAAAUCAAAGUGCUUCAUCAUAUUGAUGCAAAGAUCCAAUAUUGCCAUAAAAUGUUCCUUGUCAGUCAUUAAAAUUCACCAAGGGAUAUUUAAUAGCUAAUGUGGUAUCGAUGAUACGGCAAAACCUCUACACAAAUUUAUAUCAUCUGACUGAAACUGUCUUAUUGCCCACUGCUUGUGAACGCUGUAAUAGUCCAAUAAAAACACACAAUAUUGGUAAAUACAAAUUACAGUAAUAUUUUCCAAUUAGUAACGUAUGGCCUUGUGUGUGUGUGUGUGUGUGUGUGUGUGUGUGUGUGUGUGUGUGUGUGUGUGUGUAAAACAACGGCUUACAACAUGAGUCAGCCAAUCAAAAAAAGUGAGAACAGGAACUAUCAGUUCCUGAGACAUAAGUACUGUUGUCCGAUGAAGGGUUUCACAAAGCUCAUUCAGUCCUCGGAGAGGAAAAAUAACAAGCGACGAGUGAGUUUUGGAGAAGAUUAGCAGAUUCACUUCAGGAUUACGAAAAAAUCUUGGACACGUUUGGACAGCUUACGUGUCAGCAUCGAUAUUCGCCAGUGAACGCUGCGUGUGUGGGUUUGAUUCCCGCCCGGGAAGCUGACUUAUUGAGCUUUGGAAAACUCUGUUGACAGGGUGGACCUCAUUCAGCCUGGUUAAAAGCUCCUAACAUGAGCGACGUCAUCGUUGUUCUCCUCUGACAAAUCCAGAUGAAUGUUUAUAAGAAUAUCAAAUAAUGUUUACAUAUGAACACCUAUCUGUUGUAAUAUUUUGCUUCAUAGGCUACGGCACACUUUGCACAAUUCUUCACUGUUGCGGUGCUAAAGGUUGUGACACGGUUCAAAAUGCAAGGCCUUUACUGUGCCUGUUGUGCACAGGCAGUAUACUCUUGUAAAAUGUACAGUGUAUUAUUAUUAUUAGACGUAAGUAAAUACUGUGAGUGCCAAUAUCUUAAUUACAGAACAUGUAUGUAUUCUUUGUUUAUAUAAAGUUUUGAGAUAGAGCUGCAUAUAUCUAUACUUGUUUAUGUGGUGGGAUGUAAUGUGUUGACGGAUAAGACUGCAGGCAGCACUCGUGGACUUCAUGGCCAAACAUUAAUCUGUGUGACAGCAUUCUGAACAGAUUGUGUUGUGUCGUCUCAAUAAAGAGUUUGUGUUUGAAA